ACUUGCAGCGGUCAGCAGCUUUCUCGGCCAACCGUCGAUAUCGGAUACAGUCCCUGCAAGUAAAUAGAGAGGCAAGUUACGUCUCAAUGUUUCUUCUGCCCCUUAAACUGGUCCUUCUUUUGCACUGACUGCUAAGAUGGCAUCGUAUGAAACCUCACGAAAAGUCUCAGUGGCAACAACUGUUGAACCUACUGAAACAUCACCAUUGCUGGACAGGAAACUUUCCAGAGCGUCAGUAAUAUGGCAGAAGUCUACAAUAUACCGAGUCUUGUUCUGUGGGUUUCUGGUCUCCCUUACAUUCGGUGUUACACAAGUGCCGAUUAUCUACGUUUUCGGUCUUAUGAACUGCGAGGAGUACUACCGCCACCACCCGUCACCGCCGUCGGCCUUGGAUCGAUGUAAAGUUCACGAGAUUGAAGCAGGAACUGCCCGACAGGUGGCGCUGCUUGGUGCUGGUACUACGCUCUUCGGCGUGGUAAACCUGUUCUUCACCGGCUGGACCAUCAAAGCUUUCGGGAUCAAGAAGUCUUUGCUGCUUACGGUCUUUCUCCCAGCUAUCAGACUGGCAAUCCAAAACAUUGGCGUUGAGCUUGGUGCCGGGGUUGGCAUCCUAAUCGUGCAGCUCUCACAGAUCAUCACGGUAGUCGGCGGGCCCGUCGGGUAUAUGCUCUCAUUGAACUCCUUGGCCACCGAAGUCGUUGAGCCCGUUGAACGGACAGCCACUCUCGGACGUCUUUCCGGCUGCGCGAUGUUCGGCACCGCCCUGGGCUUUCUCGCUGGCGGUCUGAUUGGAGAUGCUUUCGGUAUCAUUUGGCCAUUCCGCGUGACGGUGGGGCUGUUCAUCAUCAGCUGUCUCUACGUUCAGCUAUGCCUGCCGGACGUGCACAAUCCUGAUAUCGAGUCCAAGGCGUCGAAGUCGCUAUCAUCCUUCUUCGACCCAGUCAAGAUGUUUGCGCCGCAGAAAUGGCAGCUCAGCAAUGGCAAGGUGCAAAUCGAAUACGGUGUCCUUCUGCUCGGUCUUGGUACGUUUCUCGGUGUACUCUCGACCAGCUAUAUCGGCACCCUGCUGCAAAUGUAUGCCACCGACAUCUUCGACUUCGGUACGUCCGAGAACGGUCUGCUCAUCUUUGUCAACUCGCUUGUACGCGGCUUAUUCUUGACCUUCGUAUUUCCUAUCAUCAUUUCCGCCGGCCGCGAGUGGCUCGACAAGCGCAAUCAAGUCUCAGAGAGCGCUAAAAUUAGUGCCUCGGAGUCUGGCAUACCUGAUAUACCCGUCAGUCCAGCCGAGAUUGCGGCAGACGCCAGGCCGAUGGAGGGCGGCAGGGAGCCUGUAGAGCCUCUCAAGCCAGCCGGUGCCAAGGCGGGCAAUAAAGCAGAACGUCAAUCCUUUCGUUUCGACUUGCUCUUCACCAAGUACUCGCUGAUAGCGGAUGGCUUGCUCACCGGUCUAGCAACCUUCACCACGGCUGGCUGGCAACUCUAUGUUAUCGCCGUCAUCCUACCACUUGCUUCUGGUACUGGUCCAGCCGCCAAAGGAACAAUUUUACAAAUGUGUCCGCCGGAGCAACGAACCGAUGCGUUGUCCGCGAUCAGCCUCGUGGAACUGGUAGCUAGACUGAGUAGUCUGAGUGUCUUUGGUCUGGUUUUCGCUGCCUUCGCGGAAACCGGCCAGCCAAACUUGACAUUUACAUGCAAUGCCGGCAUCGCCGUGGUUGGAUUCGCGAUUCUGAUGUUUGCGCGCUUCCCACCAGACGGUAGCCGGCGGCUAACCAAGGAUGAUGAGGACGAUUGAAAGGCUGUGACGGACGCGAGAAAGUGUCACAGCCUUAGCUGGUGACAAGCCGUUUGCGGCAAGGUCGAAUAAUGAUCCAUAGCCAGCUCUUCCCGUUGAGUCACAUACUGUCAGAUGUGACCUUGUGUGGCAGAUGUACUCAGCGUCAACAAGAAUAUCUCAGGGCUGCUUGUUGCGUUUGGAGUCGAGGUAGCGCGAGACGGAAGGUGUCCCGUCUGCGACGGUACGGGUUUCUUUCUUUGGCUGUUUCUUACCAGGUUCCAAGGCUGAUCUACU